UUGGAACCACGGGUUUCAGAGGGCAGUAAUAACAACGAAUACCGGGAGUUCGGAGUACACGGGUUCUGAUAGAAUACGGGCCAGCAAUCUAGCGAACUAGGGGAACACAGGUGCUUUGGGCUGCUGGUUGGGCAAAUGAGCUUUCCUUUCACCUAUCACCUAGCGUAAACGGUAAUUAGACCGUAGCGACGCCACCAAACGUGCGUCUUUCUAGUCAUCACAUAGCGACAAAAGAAACCGAACGAGAGUAAGCCAAAUAUUGUGGUGGCUGAGCUGCGGUGUUUGCAGUAAAUUCGUCCCUAACCAAGAGUUAAUUGUUGGAUUAUAAGAUGGAUCAAGUAACGAAGCUACGCAUGAACCUGGAGAAACAGGAAAGCCUCAUAAAGUUGGGCAUCCUGACAACAGCGGCUAUUCUGUCUUUCUCGACGCGUCUUUUCUCCGUCCUGCGGUUCGAGAGUGUCAUCCACGAGUUCGAUCCGUACUUUAACUACCGCACCACGAAGCAUCUUGCAGAGCAGGGGUUUUAUAAUUUUCACAACUGGUUUGAUGAUCGAGCGUGGUACCCGUUGGGCCGCAUCAUCGGUGGCACUAUCUAUCCCGGUUUGAUGGUCACCUCGGCCGUCCUGUAUCGUCUGAUGUGGCUGGUGAACAUUACCGUCGAUAUACGGAACGUGUGCGUCUUUUUGGCUCCAUUCUUUUCUUCGCUUACCACCAUCGUCACGUACCUGCUGACGAAGGAAAUUCACAGCAGCGGUGCAGGACUCGUGGCAGGUGCCAUGAUAUCGAUUGUGCCUGGAUACAUUUCGCGUUCAGUUGCUGGAUCGUAUGAUAAUGAAGGUAUCGCCAUAUUUUGCAUGCUGCUGACUUACUACACCUGGAUUAAGGCGGUAAAGACCGGCGCAAUACUGUGGGCAACGUUUGCCGCACUGGCUUAUUUCUACAUGGUAUCCUCGUGGGGCGGCUAUGUGUUUCUUAUCAAUCUUAUUCCGCUGCACGUACUAGCGCUGAUGGCGACAGGACGCUUUACGCAUCGGGUUUACAUCGCAUACAGUACGCUCUACACAAUCGGCACGAUACUUUCGAUGCAGAUUUCGUUCGUCGGAUUUCAACCGGUGCAAAGCUCGGAGCAUAUGCUUGCGUUCGGUGUGUUUGGUCUAUGUCAGCUACAUGCAUUCGUCGAUUAUGUACGGUCUGCCGUACCGAAGGAACACUUCGAAACACUAUUCCAAGCCCUCAUCGUGACGAUAGCGUCCGUGGCCGCACUGACAGGGCUGGCGCUAACCGUGACGGGUAAAAUUUCCCCCUGGACCGGACGGUUUUACUCCCUGCUCGAUCCGUCCUACGCGAAAAAUCACAUCCCCAUCAUCGCGUCCGUAUCCGAGCAUCAGCCAACGUCUUGGUCGUCGUUUUAUUUCGACCUGCAAAUACUAGUGUUUCUGUUUCCGGCUGGACUGUACUUCUGUUUUUCCAAGCUAUCAGACGCAAACAUCUUCAUCAUCCUGUACGGAGUGACUAGCAUCUACUUUGCGGGCGUUAUGGUGCGUCUGAUGCUGGUACUUGCACCAGUGAUGUGCAUUCUGUCCGGCAUUGCCAUCUCGCAUCUGCUGACUAAGUACAUCCGCAACAUGGACGCGGGUGGAGCCGGUAUUGCUACCGUCACGGAGGGCAGCAAUCGUAAGACGAAAGCGCGUUACGAGCAGCAGUCGUCGGUGAAAAAUGAGGUUGCAAUUGGCUUUGUACUGCUUGUCACCUUCCUGCUCAUCACGUACACGUUCCACUGCACCUGGGUUACGUCCGAGGCAUACAGUUCGCCUAGCAUUGUGCUGAGUGCCCGCUCGCAAGACGGUGGAAGAAUUAUUUUUGACGAUUUCCGUGAGGCGUACUAUUGGCUGAAGAUGAAUACACCUGAGGACGCACGUGUAAUGUCUUGGUGGGAUUACGGCUACCAAAUAACGGCAAUGGCAAACCGUACCAUACUUGUGGACAAUAAUACUUGGAACAAUACUCACAUUUCUCGCGUGGGUCAAGCAAUGGCAUCAACCGAAGAAAAAGCGUACGAAAUAAUGAAAGAGCUGGACGUAGACUACGUUCUGGUGAUCUUCGGUGGAUUAACUGGCUACUCGUCGGAUGAUAUCAAUAAAUUCCUUUGGAUGGUUCGUAUUGGCGGCAGCACGGAUCGUGGCGCUCAUAUUAAGGAGAUGGACUACUAUGCACCGAGUGGAGACUUUCGAAUCGAUAAGGAAGGAUCGCCCGUUCUCCUUAACUGUUUGAUGUAUAAAAUGUGCUACUAUCGCUUCGGUCAGGUAUAUACGGAGGGUGGGAAAGCGCCCGGGUACGAUCGGGUCCGGGGAGCUGAGAUUGGGAACAAAGACUUCGAGCUAGAUGUGUUGGAGGAAGCAUACACGACCGAGCACUGGCUGGUGCGAAUUUAUAAGGUGAAAGAUCUUAGCAAUCGUGGCGUUUAAGCGCACCAAUGCACCUAAUUCUUCGCUUUCUUCAAAUCUUUCGAUAUGUCAACAUACUUAACUUUUCACUUUACAAGUUCGUUUCGUCAAUACUAUAUUAAAUUUUUUCCAAAUACUUCAUUUAAUAGGCCAAACUUAAAUAGGGCAAAACGAACAAAUUACAUACGUGACCGAUUCCAAUAAUUGUAAUUGCAGUGUUUGACCGGAUAGAGAUAUUUGGCAUCGUGUUAUAUUGUUUUUUUAUACUUGUUCCAUACUUUUUUCUUUAUUUACAUCUUGGAAUUCUUCACGUGAUAAAAGCAUUUAUUUUUAUUUUCAAUACCAGUGGUUUAUAUAUCCCAAAGUGAACUUUAUGUUAUCCAUAGUCCGAGAAUGCUGUCCAUUUCAAUCCCUUCCAAAACCAGAAACAACCUUAAAGCGCACACGGUUAGCAUCCGACCAUAAAGGAGUUUCCCCACAUACAACAGUAAAUUGACCAUGGCAAUGAUGAGGAUAAUUGAAGAUUUCUGAGGAAAUCAUUCCACACACACAAACACACAAAACGCACGAGAGAGCAAUAGGUAAAGUGAAACACACUCACAAUACUGCCACUCAAGAAAUCAAAAUAUCCUUUCAAAAAUUUAAA